AUGGCAUCGGUGUUGGUUUCCCCAAGUGCUUCUUCGAUGUUGGAGGGGAAGUUUAAGAUGCUUCGUUCAUUGUUGUACUUGGUGCAGCUGAGUAUACUUAUACCGGACUUUAGGCGCUUACUAUUUAAUAACAAUAAAUUAAACACGCUGGUUGAUCGUCUUACAGGAAGAACUGGAGACGUGGAUGUGCCGUCGGAACCGGGAAUAGUCAUAUCCAGAAAACAGAGAAGAGGAAGGACCGCUUUUACGGCCCAACAACUAGAAGGUUUGGAAAGGUCGUUUUUGGCUUGCCAGUAUCCGGACAUAGCAGCCCGGGAAACCCUCGCCGCAAAAUUCGGACUUCCGGAACCUCGAGUUCAAGUGUGGUUCAGCAAUCGGAGAGCGAGGUGGAGGAAACAGAAUAGUUCCAACGUACAGCACAACAUAAUCAGCAGCAAUUUUUCUGAGAACCUAAACACACCUUCCUACACUGGCACAGCCGAUUGGAGACUUCAACCUGGCGUUCAGUACAACGGUUAUUAUGACGGGUCUGCGUGGGAUGAAUACCAGCAAACCGCAAGGACCAACGCUGCUCACCAGUACGGAGACAUAUUCCACCCGGCAGCCGCCGCUGUGGCUUACGGCGCUCACAACGAAUUUGCGGCUAACCCGACCAAACUACGUAUGCCGCCCACCCUGCCACCGCCUCUACCGCCGACACAGCCGCCAACCGCCACCGCCGCCGCCGCAACUUCCGCCGCCUCCAUGGGAUACCAUCAGCCGCCGACCGCGGUCAGUCGCUGGACGGAAUUCGGCAAACCCACCACCGCCUCCACGUCCGCAGUCGACUUUCCGGUGGCGUCUUAUUUCAACAACAAUUUAUUAUGAUAUUGUUAAACUUAACUGUAAUAAUAAUUAUAAUAAUAAUAAUAAUUGUACCUGUGUAUCAUAUUAUAGUCGUACAUCGCUACUAUAUAAUAAUAUUACAGCGAUCGACGUUACCACACGUCCUUGUACCGCGCCGACAGCUUAAUAUUAAUAACCGUUUAUUAGUUGCCCGCGAAAAUCCACCCGCGUAUAAUAUUGUUGUUUAUUAUAUUAAUUAUUUACUCGGAACAACUCAGCGAGCACUCUUCCCGAUUUUUCCUAAAAUCAUAGUUGUGUGCAAAUUUUGAUUUUUCGAGUAUUAAGUACCCCCCACCUGCCUAUAAUAUCAGUAAAAAUAAAAAUUAGUACUCAAUAAAGAC